AUGCCAAACAUAAUCAACGACGUUAAACUCGAUUUCAAAGAUGUUUUGCUCAGGCCCAAACGGAGCACCCUCAAAAGUCGUUCCGAUGUCGAUCUCUGCCGAGAGAUAACUUUUCGCAAUUCCAAGCGCACCUAUCGAGGCGUCCCGGUGAUGGCUUCGAACAUGGACACGGUCGGGACCUUCGAAAUGGCCAAAGCCCUGUCAAAGCACGGCCUGUUCGUGACGAUGCACAAGUAUUACACGUGCGACGAGUGGAAAGAAUUUGCCAUUCAGAAUCCCGAGUGUCUGAAAAAUAUGGCCGCUAGUUCAGGGACGGGCAACGAAGACUUCGAGCGGCUGUCGAGCGUCUUGGCAGCCGUGCCCGAGCUCACGUUCAUCUGCAUCGACGUUGCCAAUGGAUAUUCCCAGCACUUUGUCGAGUACGUGAGAAAAGUCCGAUCCAAGUACCCGGACCACACCAUUAUCGCCGGAAACGUCGUUACCGGAGAAAUGGUCGAGGAGCUAAUACUGUCCGGCGCUGACAUAAUCAAGGUGGGAAUCGGCCCUGGCUCAGUUUGCACGACGCGCAUGAAGACUGGCGUCGGCUAUCCCCAGCUCAGCGCGGUCAUCGAGUGCGCGGACGCCGCGCACGGCCUAAAAGGUCACAUCAUUUCCGACGGCGGCUGCACGUGUCCCGGAGACAUUGCCAAAGCUUUCGGCGCUGGCGCCGAUUUCGUCAUGGCCGGCGGCAUGUUCGCUGGCCACGACGAGUGCUCGGGCGAAGUCAUCGUGAAGAACGACCAAAAGUUCAAGCUCUUCUACGGCAUGGCCUCGCGCACGGCCAUGCAGAAGCACGCCGGCGGAGUCGCCGAUUACAGGUCGUCCGAGGGAAAAACCGUGGAGGUACCGUACCGAGGGCCGGUGGAGGCGACGCUGCUCGACAUCAUGGGUGGACUGCGCUCGGCCUGCACCUACGUCGGGGCCUCGCGCCUCCAGGAGCUCCCGAAACGCGCGACCUUCAUCCGAUGCACCCAACAGCUCAACAACAUUUACGGACCGCCCAUGUAGACGAUUGUAUCGCGAGCGGAUUUUUUCUUGUAAUAUAUCGCGUCCAAUACGUCGAAUGCGGAUUAUGGCCAUUUUACACUUAACAAAAAUUUAUCAUUAUUACUAUUAUUAUUAUCAUUAUAAAUCUAAUUGUAAAAUGCGAAUUAUGAAAAAAUAACGAGUAAUAGCCAAGUACAGGGAAGAAACGAUUUGUAAAUAAGAGUGCCGUACCGCACACGAAUCCAAGUGCACAAAACACUUUGAACGUAUAUUAAAUAUAUAUACAGUCGUGUGCGUCGCUCAAUGUAUUUGUUUGCCGAGUGAUUGAUCAAACGUUUUCAAGAAUAUACAUAUAGGUAUAUAUGUUUUCGAGUAGUUGUACGAGCGCACGAUUACACGAGUCACAAGUAUAAAGACGUCGGUCUUGAUUGAAAACUUUUGUUAUUGAUGCUCGCGCGCGAGAUCGUUUGUGUAAUCGUCGACUGUGUACAUACAAAGUAAAAUGAUCAUGUAUUUUUGAAAAUUUUUCAAAGGCACACGAUACUUCGAUGUAGGUGGGCAUAUAAGCAUAGAGCUGCUUUAUUGCAUUUACAACGCUCGUUAACAGUUUUUUUGUCGGAUACUGCAGCGGAAGUACAAAGGAAAAAAUACAGUGAAACUGAUUUUUGAUUCGUCGAGUUUUGCGAGAGGCGUGUUGAAGCGUGGAUGUGUUGUAUGCUCCGGAAUUGCUGACGAUUUGUAAAAUCUGUCAACUGCUAAUGGGUAUUCCACGUACAAGUCGACAUCUUUUGCACUGGUUUUCUCGAACUUUGCGAUCGAGCAAAACUUGUAAAUCAUUGGUAUAAGUAGAGGAGUUUGGAAAAAUUUGUGCAAAAGUUGACGAUUUUUUCGACGGAUAACGUUGAAAUUAAAUAUAAGUAUAUUUUAUAAUAGUAUUGCAAAUAUGAGAUGAAAAAGUGAAAGCGCCACAUUUUCUUUAGUAUAUUCUGUAGAAGAAAAAGUAUUAAAAUUUUUUCGUGUUUAUUAUACAGAUAAUAAUGGAAUUGAUUUUACAGGAGUAAUUCACUGUAAGCUCCUGCACUUGACAUGAUUUUUUAACUGUUUAUUUAUUAUUUAUUCCGCAUGAAGCUCAAAGUAUACAUAAUAACACAACUAAGUCAUAAAUUACGAUUUUUAAUAAUUUAUCAUUGUUAAAAUAAAUAUGGACUCAAAUUAUAUGAUUUAUAAUAUAAAAGGAGCUUUCAAGAUGAUCGUACAUUUGCACAACAUGGAAUAUUGGAUAUUUAUUUUCCGACGGGCACAUUGCCUCGAUUAGUUACAAUUCAUAGUAACGAUAUGAUGCAUCCAAGCAAGUUGCUAGAAAGGUGUCGCAAACGCCUUUUUAUACUGAAUUUAAAUAUCAUGUUGCAUUUUAAUAUCUAUCUAAAGAGUUCCUAACAGUCCAUUCGAAUGUAUUGAGCAUCUUGAACAAAUUCUACUUAGUCAUAAUUUUCUUGAUGAAUAUUU